CCGCGAUUGCAUCGACUGUCAACGGUGGAGAGGCAUGCGCCAUGGAGACGGAGGACAUUCUGAAGGGUUUUGCAGAUGGCAGCAAGGAAGGGAAUUCGGCAGGAGGGAACAACGCAGACUGUGCAGAGGUGCUUGCGACAAUAUGUGCACAAACUGCACAGAUGAUGGGUGAUGGUGGUGAAACAGAGAACGAUGCAGGAGGGAGCACUUGUGAGACGGAAACGGCUGGGGAAGAGAGAGAGGAGGGAGGUCUGGGAAGCAGGGAAUCUCUGACAGGGUGUAUUGUGAAAGAUGAAAAUGUGGUGAAGACAUCAGCAGGAGAAGAGUACCCAUAUGACAUCAAUUGGGUGCCGGGUCGUGUUCAACUGGGUAUUGUUGGAGUAGCACCCUGCUUUGCGUUCAAAGUCGAAGGGACAUGGGUUCCAUUUCCAACACCCAAAAAGAAUACAUGGCGAAACGUGACUCUGGCAAUCGUGUUUGACAGACUAUUAAGGUUGAACGACGGGGCAACAACAGAGGUGAAAGCACGAUAUGCAAUGGACGUGUGGCGUCAUCUGGGGUCGCAGGGCGAGUUCAGGAUGAACGAUUUUUUGUACGACAGUUUUGAUUGCGGAAAGGCAUGGGUGAUUGGCGGGAACGACGCAACAGGGAGUAUGGCGUGCGACGAGAGCGAUGCGAGGAGGUAUCCUAGGUGGGGUUGGGUGCCAUGUGUGAUCCCGAUUCCAUGUGGCCGUGUGAGGAUGAUGAUGCGUGAUGCCAUGGGAAAUAUUUGGAGCACGCAUUAUGUGAAUGGCAACUUCUCCUUUAAGCACCUUGACAGGGAGGUCUCAGAAGACGAGAAGAAGGCAAUGACAUGUAAUACCCACACUGCUGGCUGCUUUUUCUCGCCGUUUCGGAACCCUGUGGACUCGGAGGUGGUUGAAGGGAAAGUUUUCACUGGUGAGGAUGGCAGCACAUACACGCAUGCAAGAGGGCAGGAAGCCACGUACGAUGGAGUAUGCUCGCAGAUAUGGGACCAUGUCACAAUGAGGAGUGACGUUCUGUCUGCCAUAGACAUUGGGGCCCGUGUCAUCCCUGAAGGACAGUUGCAGCAGCAUAUGGCCCCUGAAAAGUAUGGCUAUCGUGUGAAUUGGGUCCCAGGAUGUUUGCAUCCUGCAGUGGUUGAUGGCAAGGUGACGAUGGCAGCAAGACUGCAAUCAGGGCAUUGGCUCCCAUUGGGAUGGAUGCAUGCAGGCAUUGUGGAGCAUUGGCAGUUCCUCGUGGUUCUGGCACGUGUCUCAAUUUUCAAUGUGAAUGUAAAGGACCACGUCCUGGUGGUUGAACACGCAAAGCGGUGCUGGGAGAAGAUAAGGGAGGAGGAGCGUCAGAUGGUGUGCGUGGGUUAUGACUCCAUGGCUGACCAGGGGAUGUGGUCCAUGGUUGAGGGGAGUUGUACGGCCCAAGAGCACGACGACGGUGAGAACAGAUACAUGGCUCGCAUUCGCCGCAGGCACGGUUGCACGACCCUUCUUGGUUGGGCCCCGGUCGUAUAUCCCAUGACAUAUGAGCAUGGUGGAGACGUCACCAUGAGAUUCAAAGACCCGCUUGGUGUGCCUUUCUAUCUGACCUACUCAGAUGGACUCCUGCUAAACAUUCGGUAUAUGUCGGAGGAUGGCUUUUCAGGUUCAGCGCACGCAGGCAAGAGGAGAGAGAAGCGCUCAGAAAUUUUCCGCUUGUCUGCUGAGGUGGAGGGCCCAUGUGGUCCUGUCACGUCGGGGGAUGCUUUGCAGCACAGGGUGACAUGGGCGGGCCGAGUGAUGCCGUUCUUGCGUCUCGUGUGCGAGGUUGUGGAGCGGGACAUUGCUCCAAGUAUGGGCGUGAGGUUUCAGAUGACGGUGGUGCGUACUUUGAUGGAGGCUGCCAGGGCAUACCUGGUCGCUAAUUUCGAGAACACCAACGAGGUGGCCAUCCAUUCGAAGAGGGUGACGAUCCAGGUCAGGGACAUGAGACUGGUGGAUAGGUUGUCGAAGCCUCGCUGGGUUGAGAAAUAUCAAGCUGCUUUGGAGCGGCUCGGUCUUGCAAGCUGCGAUGUUGAGAGACAAAGAGAAAGAGAAGAAGGGUGGAAGGUGAUGACCACGGGAACAAAUUUAGCAAUCAUUCCAGACAACGGACAAACAUCAGCAGCACAAGAAUCAAUAACGAGUAUGGCAGUCGAUGUGCGUCUCAUGCAGACAGCAAGGAGAGAGCAGCUAGUGUGUUGCGAUAUCUUCAAUGCUUUCACAAUGGAGAAAGAACAGUGUGAUCGUGGAUUUGAAGAGGCCGAUUUGCCAAGUUGUUGUGCAGAGUACACAGACAGUGCAGAAGAAGAAGAUGAAGAAGAGGAUGAGGGGGCAUCAUCUUCUGACGUGGAAAUGAGCGGCAGCGAUGUCAGCAGUGACGAGGAAGACGAGGAACAUGAUGUAUACUAUGAUUUGAUUUGAAGGGUGCGGGUGGACAAGUGACAAAAGGGUGGGCAAUUAUGAGGUUGGAACGUGCUUUUCCCGAUCCGCACAAAGUGUUGUGUGUUGUGAUGAAGGGGGCAACACCAGAUGGUGCACUACAGUAUGCCGCAGUGACCAGCAUAAUGAAAUCAUGCAACAAUG